CGAAGCGACGAGUCGUUUCGAGCCUCUUGACCUCUUUCGCUUUCAUUUUGAAGCCAGCCGGGACUGAAGGUUUUCUUUCUGCGCACUCCAGCAGCAUCCCUCGAGGAACAAAGAAAAAGAAGAAGGAACCCUCGAGCAGGAAGACGUCGAAUCGCCAGCAACAGCAGCAGCGAAGAUGAGUCGCGGCAGCGGAGGCGGAUACGAUCGCCACAUCACGAUCUUCUCCCCCGAGGGUCGCCUCUUCCAAGUAGAGUAUGCUUUCAAGGCGGUUAAGGCUGCUGGAAUCACCUCGAUCGGUGUCCGAGGGAAGGACUCGGUAUGUGUGGUCACUCAGAAGAAGGUCCCGGACAAGCUUCUGGAUCAGACAAGCGUGACGCACCUUUUUCCCAUCACGAAGUUCCUCGGCUUGCUAGCUACUGGAAUGACAGCUGAUGCUAGGACCUUAGUUCAGCAAGCCCGAAAUGAGGCAGCUGAGUUCCGCUUCAGAAAUGGAUAUGAGAUGCCUGUGGAUGCAUUGGCAAAAUGGAUAGCAGACAAGUCCCAGAUUUAUACUCAGCAUGCUUAUAUGAGACCACUGGGAGUAGUUGCAAUGGUUUUGGGCAUUGAUGAAGAGUUUGGACCGAGAUUAUACAAAUGUGACCCUGCUGGCCACUUCUUUGGACAUAAGGCUACGAGUGCUGGAUCAAAAGAGCAAGAGGCAAUUAAUUUCUUGGAAAAGAAAAUGAAGAAUGAUCCUGCAUUUUCAUACGACGAGACUGUGCAGACUGCAAUUUCAGCCUUGCAAUCUGUUCUACAAGAGGAUUUUAAGGCGAAUGAGAUUGAGGUUGGAGUGGUGAGGAGUGAUAAUCCAGUCUUCAGGGUUUUGUCCACUGAGGAAAUCGAUGAGCACUUGACUGCAAUUAGCGAGCGCGACUAAGCGUGGGAUGAACCUGUUUGAGAAAUACAUGCCUGACUAUUUCAUGUUUCCAAAGAUCUUACGGAAUCUAUCUGCAAUUAUCCAGGGGAUGCCCUUUGUUAGUUUCCCAUCUCUGUUAUUGCAAAGUUUGUAACAUUUAUUCAUGAAAUUCUAGUUUCAGUUGACAAUUCUAAAGCGUGCUGGAUGGUAAGGAAGCAGGAGUAAGAACUCUUCGAUCUACUCGGUUUCCUUUUUAUCUUUAAA